GAUGGAACCAUGUUAUAGUUCGUAUGGGUCUAGAGGGCGUUACAGAUUGGGAUGGUGAAAAGUUAUAUAGGAAGGGAAACAUUUUGUGGUGAUAAUAAGAGUUUUCUACAAUAGUUUGAUUUAUAACUGUUGAGGCAUUUGAAUGUGAGGCCUGGGAUUGAUGUAGAUUGCUUAGAGGAAUUAUCAGGAAAAUUAAAUUCUAAAUUUCAUUAGAAUAUACCAAGGAUUCAAAAGCUGCAGAAGAUGUCAGGACAAGAGCAAAUCUUAUGGAUGAUAAAAAAACAUAAAACAAUCUGGGCAACAAAAAUGAAGGAGCAAAAAAUACGAGAUUUAGUUAUUCAUUAAAUAUUAAACAUUUUAUAUUUACUAUAUAAAGUAACUAAUUUAACUUUUGAAUUAAAUUAACUUUAUACUAUAAGUAGACAAUUUUUAUUGUUAAAUAGAUUUAAUUGA